ACCAGCCAGGAUGACUGGAGGAGUUAGGACUGCAUAGGCUGCAGUGUUAGGGGAGAGAGCGUGUGUGUGAGUGUCUGUGUGUGAGUGCAUGUGGGUGUGCAUGUGUCUGGGCGGACUCCCGCUGUAAUGCUGCCCCAUGUGUGACUGUGCUGACCGCGACAGCCAUCCUGUUCACAGCGGAGACUUUCUCAGCAUGCAGAUGGUGUGAGCAGUCAGGGGAAAAGUUUAUAACAGCUCGUCUGAGCCUCGACUAACUCAAUCCACUCUGCACACAUCGAGUUUGUUCAGGAGAGCAGCAGCAGCAGCAGCAGCUGAGCUGGAGUACAACUUGAGCUUGUCUCAGCCCAGGAUCUCUCUGUUGAUUGAUUACCUGUCACUGGAUUGGAUACAGUAGGUGUGCAUCACCACACGUCAGAGCUGAGGGAUUCAAGGAGGCUGUUUAUUUGACAGAUUAGAGUUGCUCUAAUGGACGACCAGUGCAUGUCCCACAGCAGUCCCCAGCGCGGUGGAGGUCAGGCCAGCACAGAGACCCAGAAGCAGGGACGGCCGAGUGUCAUCAGGUGUGGGUGGCUCAGGAAGCAAGGAGGUUUUGUCAAGACUUGGCACAGUCGCUGGUUUGUUCUGCGAGGGGACCAGCUCCAGUAUUACAAAGAUGAGGAGGAGACCAAGGCCCUGGGAGCCAUUUUCUUACAUGGAAACAGAGUUACAGAACAUCCAGUCAGCGGUGAUGAAGGAGGGAAAUUUCUCUUCGAGGUCAUUCCAGGGGGAGACAGAGAGCGGAUGACAGCCAACCAUGAGACCUACCUUCUUAUGGCCAGCACCCAGAAUGACAUGGAGGAUUGGGUGAAGACGAUCCGCAGGGUCAUCUGGGCUCCUUUUGGUGGAGGGAUAUUUGGUCAGAAGUUGGAGGAAACUGUGCGCUAUGAACGCCGGUUUGGGAACAAGCUGGCCCCUAUGCUGGUCGAGCAGUGUGUGGAUUUCAUCCGGCAGUGGGGCCUUCGGGAGGAGGGCCUAUUCAGGCUGCCGGGACAGGCUAACCUGGUCAAAGAGCUGCAGGAUGCCUUCGACUGUGGAGAAAAGCCCUCUUUUGAUUGUAACACAGAUGUGCACACAGUAGCCUCUCUUCUGAAGCUGUAUCUCAGAGAGCUGCCGGAGCCAGUCGUCCCCUUCCACAAGUAUGAUGACUUUCUGGCCUGUGCCAAGCUCCUCAGCAAAGAUGAUGAAAUGGGUAUGAAGGAGUUGAAAAAGCUUGUGGAAAAUCUACCUCCAGUGAACUACAACCUUCUCAAGUACAUCUGCAGAUUUCUAGAUGAAGUCCAGUCAUAUUCUGGAGUGAAUAAAAUGAGUGUGCAAAACUUGGCCACAGUCUUUGGGCCAAACAUCUUGAGGCCAAAGGUUGAGGAUCCAGUCGCUAUCAUGGAAGGUACUGUUCUGGUCCAGCAGCUCAUGGCUGUUUUGAUUGGCCGCCACGAUGUGCUGUUCCCUCUGGGUGAGGACAGCCCCACGGCUCUGGAGCUUGUCAACAACAACAACAUCGAGCUACAACGGCGACAAGCCACUACAACUACCUCCGCUGUCACUACGGUGUCUCAGAACGCUGAGAACAACAACACGCAGGUGGUGCGGCAGUGUGUUUGGGAAGCACCUGAAUCUCCCUCACACCGCCAGCAUUUAGACAACAGUGGCUCCCCACGAGCAGCAAGCCCUCGCAAUGGUGUCAUAGGACGUUUUGACAUCACCCGCAGUCCGCCGCUGACUGUUAAAAAGAACCCAGCUUUCAGUAAAGGCAGUGGGAUUGUAACAAAUGGUUCCUUCAGCUCCUCACCGUCUUUGGACCCCAGUCAAGAAAAGAGCCCGACUUUGACUGGUGGUGGGAGUUUACCAGUUCGGCGCAAUGGGGCACUUAAAGGCUCCGGCACAAAAAUGGGCACCAGUGGCGUGACAAGUGGAAGCAGCUCUGGAGGGAACGGGACCGGAGUUGUACGCAUGGGCAUUUCUGGCACUGAUGUAGUCACGGGGAGUCUGAACGGCCGCAAUGGUCUUUGGGUACCAAACGGCUGCGUCACUUUACGAGAAAGCAACAAAACACGUGACUGCUCCAACGGGGAUCAAACAUCCAAUCAGAACCGUCUGUCUACGUAUGACAAUGUCCACUUAAACCAUCAGAACCUGCAGCAGAACCACAUCACCAACACAUGUCUGAACAGCAGCUGUGAGGACAAGCAGAGCGUAGACAGCGCAACCUGGUCCACCUCCUCCUGUGAAAUCUCUCUUCCUGACAACUCCACUUCCUGUCGCUCCUCCACCACUACUUGCCCUGAGCAGGACUUCUACGGAGGUCACUAUGAAGACCUGGAUGGAACAGCACAGGACAAUGAGGCCCCCCAGUCUGGUGGAGGAGGAGAGGGGGAGGGCAGAAACAGCAACAGAGAAGGAAGUGGGGAUGGAGCAGGGAGGAGCAGCCGGGGCACCAGCAGUAGUGAUAAUAGCGAAGGUUACACUGUUGGUAAUGGACCCGGCACUCACAGCGCCCUGCACAGUUUAGUGGCCAGUCUGAAACAGGAGAUGAACAAGCAGAAGAGCGAGUACGAGGCCAGGAUAAAGAGCUUGGAGCAGCGUAACUUGGAGCUGGAGACAGAGAUGGUGAGUCUCCACGAAGAGCUAGACCAGGAGAGAAAGAAGUACACCAUGGCGGAGAUCAAGCUGCGCAACGCCGAGCGCGCCAAGGAUGACGCAGAGCGGCGGAACCAGAUGCUGCAGAAAGAGAUGGAACAGUUUUUCUCCACGUUCAGUGACCUCACCGCGACUGGCAACACCCCGGCCGCAGACCCCCGCCGACCAGAUCGUAACAACGCCAUCUGGAUACAGUGAAGGAAGGCGGGGAAGACUGGAAACGGUUUAUUAUAUGAUGAUGAUGAUGAUGUGAACAUUACGAGGGCUCCAAACAGGAUUUGGCUGCUGGUUGUUUGAGAGAAAGUUGGGAAGUUACAGAAAGGUUAAUGGCAUGUUUUAAUUUAAGAAAUAGGAGGUGUAGGGCUAAUGCAAGCCACCUGUAUAAAUGUAAGCAUCACCUGGAGUGAUGCCAGACUGACAUUAUCUGUAAAUACAGCGUUAUUUAAACAGCUCACAGACUCUCCAACCUACUCAGAAUCUGUGGUGGUAAUCACUCAUCUGCCUGGGAAGACGAGGAAAGGCACAGUACGCCAUAGUCUAUGAUGAUACACAGUACUAUCAUUACUUUAGCUUGUAGAGCCACACGAGGGAAGGCAAAAAACAAGGUUGUGUUCAGCAAAAAAAUGAACCUUGGACCUGAAAACACAUAAAGACGACGCAAAAACGCCUCCCUAUCUUAAUUUACUUUUAAAAAUCUAACCAAAAACAUCUUAUUGUUCCAUGUAAUUCUGUAUCUGCUCGUGUACAUAGAAGGAAACAAUGCAGAGGAAACACAGUGUCAUAUGUAUGUAAAAAGAAACUUAAAUGUUUAUCUGAUAUUUAAGCAAAGCUAUCAACGUGCGGUAUUUUAUAUUAAGAUUUCUCCUUGCACUUACAUGUUUGUUUAGUCUCAGCAAGGCGGUACUGAAUGUUCUGUCGGCACCAUUUAAAUUGGACAAUAUACUGUAUUAUGUGCCUGUGCUUCUGUGCUGUUUCAUUUACCCCAUGACCAAAAAGAAAAGAGCCUGUACUGUAAAUAUUUUAUAGAUAAUCGUAGACACUACUUGUUAGUCUGCACUGUGGUGUGACGCAGAUGGAUACGGCACGUACUGAGUUGAUUGAAGAAUGUUUUGUAGCUUGUAAAGAUACAUUUUAAAGACUUGCACGAUGGGUUAUUGGCAUAAAUCCCAGAUAAAAUAAAAACAAUGUCUGUCGUAAAUUCAGAAUUUCAGCUGACAAACUGUCUCUUCCUGUUAACAGAUAUGUAGCUGCUGUCAGUCUGUGAAUGCUACUGGGGAUUACUGUCUCUGAGCAUAUGAGAUCCCAGAUUUAAAAAUACUCUCUUGUAGUCGUCUGACAAUUUAUCCACCUGACUCAACUGGUUUUCAUCCCAAACUAGCACAGAAUAACAACCUGGAGCAACAAAGCACCAACGCAGAGUUGUUUUUGUGGGUCGUAACUGUGAAAAAAAUUGGAUUACAGCAUCAAGUGUGUCAACAUUGAGGACAUUAACAGCCUGGUGGCUAGAGUCAGUAGCAAGCGGUGUGUGCAUGAUGGUGCAUGAGUCCAUGCAAGCCGGUGUACAAUAAGUGAAUGUCUGUGAAGUGACUGCAUAUUGAUGAAGACUUUAUAAGUGUAUUUAUGUAGCUUGAAGCCAAAUGUAUACACACGAUGUGGAUUUGCUGAUGGGUACAAAACAGCUGAGUACAGACCUGAGCUGGACUUCUCCUCCUCUGAAGACCAGGUCCAAUUUAAACCUGCUGCUGGUCAAUGCAGGACAUCUGGAAUGUGCACACACAGGGGGGGGAGAAAAAGUGCCUGAACAACUGAAGGAGGGAGGGAGAGCCUGUGCUUCUCAUUUUGCACCCUUCACCGGGAAGUAAUAGGCUUAAGCCAAGCUGACAGUGGCACCUCGUUCUGUGAAUUCCACACAAAAGAGCAGAUUAUGGACGCAGGGCAGGAGGGACAGCGGGACUGGGAUGGUGGAAUAUUUUCAUGACAUGAUACUUGAUACACAAAAGAACUUAAAAAAAAGACAAUAUGAAUAAAAAUGCAUUUUCAUGUGA